CCCUCUUUCAUGUGACAACCCCUUAUCACACUCUCCUUUUGCCUGUGAACUGAUUCAAUUCAAUGCUUUCUUUCCUACCUAUAUAUAUUUUUGGUUUCUUCACAAUAUUCACCAUGUACCAAAAACAACAUCUCAUAAAACAACACUUUGAAUCCGCAAGCAAAAUUAUUCAUAAUGAAGAGGUCAUUGGUCUAUGCUGUUGCAUUUUUCCUUCUUUUACUUUAUGUUCCAAUCAUCACCUCUUCAAGGCACAUAAGCCACUCAAAUUCACGACAUGGACAUUCAUAUCAUGAAGUGGCAAAUAUGCGGCGGCCGAUGGAAGUAGCCGGAUCACGGUUACCCGAUUGUUCGCAUGCAUGCGGAUCGUGUUCGCCGUGCAAAUUGGUGAUGGUGAGCUUAGUUUGUGCAUCACUUGCAGAGGCUGAAUCAUGUCCAAUGGCUUACAAAUGCAUGUGUCAUAACAAGUCCUAUCCUGUUCCAUAGGAUGAAUUUUUAGUAAAUUUCAAGUUUCAAUUUCUAAUACGUUGUAUAGUGCCCAUUUUCCUUGUUUUUUUUUCUGAGUUACUUUUUUUCUUUCUUUAGUUUAUCUUUGUUGUUCAAUAUGGUAGAAAUGGUUUCCUAGCAAUGAAAAUGGUUUUUGGUACUAUGAAAAUUAAUGUUUGAGAUUAUGAAUAUCCAUUGCAAUAUUGCAUUGCAUUUUCUUUAGU